CGCAGCGACAGAGAAUUUAGUUAGGUUUUGACAGCGGAACGCGUAGGUACAGAAGAGAGCAACGGGUAGCAACGGGAAAUUACGGGAUAUUAUUGCAGUAGUGUAGAGACCACAGACCACGAAUUACAGAACACAGAUAAAUAGUACAAAAUUAAAACGGACAGAUUUGUUAAACAGUUUACCCAAAAGAGAUAAAAGAAAGAAACAUAAAUUAAAAGUUAAAGUUGUGUUUACGUUUUAUUAUUGAAGUUUUUGUUAUUGCUAAAAGUUAAACGAAAGUUGUUUAUGAGACGUUAAACCGUAAAAGAAACUCGCGCAAAUCCAAAGAGCCAGCAAAGCCAACAAAAACAAAGUUUAAGCUUCAAACAAAAGACAGACAACAACAGCAGCCAGAAUGUCCUUCUCCAAGGCCAAGUUGAAGCGUUUCAAUGAUGUUGAUGUGGCGCUGUGUGCCUCGCCAGCUGCCUCCAACAGCUCUGCCGGUUCCACGGGCAGUGCCACGCCCACAACAGCUGCUGCUGCAGCCGCUGCUGCCGCCACAGUUGCCGCCAACCCGGCACCCGUGCAGCCCGAGCGCAAGGAGCAAAUCGAAAAGUUCUUCAAGGAUGCCGUGCGCUUUGCCUCCAGCUCGAAGGAGGCCAAGGAAUUUGCCAUACCCAAGGAGGACAAAAAGUCCAAGGGUCUGCGUCUAUUCAGGACCCCAUCGUUGCCGCAGCGUCUGCGUUUCCGUCCGGCGCCCACCCCCACGGAGGCGUCUACCAGCGGCGCUUCGACAGCGGCCUCCACGCCCCUGCACUCGGCCACCACAACGCCCGUGAAGGAGGCGAAGUCCGCCAAUCGUUUGAAGGGCAAGGAGGCACUGCAGCAGGAGAUUCGUCACAAGAACGAGCUGAUCGAGAGCCAGUUGAGCCAGUUGGAUGUGCUGCGCCGUCAUGUGGAGCAGCUGAAGGAGGCGGAAGUGAAGCUGAGGGAGGAGCACGAGCAGGCGGUGGCCAAGACGGAGCAGCUGAUCGAGGCCUUGACCAGCGAGAACCACUCGUACAAGGAGCGCAACGAGCAACUGAGCGUGGAGCACUCCCAGCUGAUGGAUCGCCUGUCCGCCAUGGAGCUGACCUUGCACCAGCAGCGGGAGGAGCACGAGCGCCACGUGGACACACUGAUCGCCGAGAGCGAGGCCCUUCGGCUGGCCAACGAGCAGCUGCAGCUGUCCAGCGAGCAGCAGAUGGCCGAGCAGAAUCAAUUGAAUGUCCAGCUGAGUGCCCUGCAGGCGGAUGUGGCCCUGGCCAAGGAGCGUUGCAGCGAGGAGCAGCAGAAGACCGCACUCAACAUCGAGUUGAUUGAGAAUCUGCAGAAGAACAAUGCCUCGCUGCUGGCCGACGUCACUCUGCUGAAGGAGCAGAUCGAGCAGGAUGCCUUGUCGUACGCCCAGGAGGCCAAGAGCAGCCACGCCGAGCAGGAGUGCCUACGCGUGGAGCGCAACACGCUCAAGAACGAUCUGGCCAACAAGUGCACGCUGAUCCGCUCGCUGCAGGACGAGCUGCUGGACAAGAACUGCGAGAUCGAUGCCCACUGCGACACCAUUCGGCAGCUGUGCCGCGAGCAGGCGCGCCAAACGGAGCAACAGCAGGCGGUGGCCAAGGUGCAGCAGCAGGUGGAGAACGACAUGGAGAACGCCGUGGAGCGUGAGAAGAGCUACUGGCGAGCGGAGUUGGACAAGCGCCAGAAGCUGGCCGAGAACGAGCUCAUCAAGAUCGAGCUGGAGAAGCAGGAUGUGAUGGUGCUGCUGGAGACCACCAACGACAUGCUGCGGCAGCGCGACGAGAAGCUGCAGAAGUGCGAGGAGCAGCUGCGCAACGGCAUCGACUACUACAUCCAGCUGAGCGAUGCACUGCAGCAGCAGUUGGUGCAGCUGAAGCAGGACAUGGCCAAGACCAUCACCGAGAAGUACAACUACCAGCUGACGCUCACCAACACCCGGUCCACGGUGAACAUUCUGAUGGAGCGCUUGAAGAAGUCCGACGCCGAUGUGGAGCAAUUCAAGGCGGAGCUGGAGUCCGUGCAGCUGGCCAAGGGCGCCCUCGAGCAGAGCUACCUGGGACUGCAAGCCGAUGCGGAGCAGCUGCGCCAGCAAUUGACCGAAUCGCAGGAGGCGUUGAAUGCGCUGCGCUCCUCUUCGCAGACGCUGCAGAGCGAGGUAUCGUUGAAGGAGUCGAUGCUCCAUGAGCUGCUUGCCGGCGAGGCGGAGACCCUGGCCAAAUUCAAUAAGAUUGCUAACUCGUUCCAGGAGCGUAUCGACGGUGACGCUCAGAUGGCCCACUACUACGAGCUGCAGCGCAAGGACGAGACCCGCGAGGCCUACAUGGUGGACAUGAAGAAGGCUCUGGACGAGUUCGCCACCGUGCUGCAGUUUGCCCAGCUGGAGCUCGACAACAAGGAGCAGAUGCUGGUCAAGGUGCGCGAGGAAUGUGAGCAGCUGAAGCUCGAGAAUAUUGCCCUCAAGUCCAAGCAGCCGGCAUCCGUAUCCAUGCACACGACACCCAGCAAGGCCAACAAGCCGAACACCACCGAUCUGGAGAAGAUCGAGGAUCUGCUCAUCGACUCGGAGCUGCGCGCAGAGUGCGACAAGAUCACCUCGUGGCUGCUCAACUCCUCCGAGAAGUGUGUGCGCCAGGACAGCAGCAACGAGAUCAGCGAGCUGCUCUCCUGCAAGUCCUCGCCACGCCCACAGCGCACGCCCAAGGUUGCCACGCCGCACAGUCCGCGCACCCCACGCACACCACGCACUCCCCGCUCUGCGGCGGGCACCCCCAAGAAGACAGUGCUCUUCCCCGGCAAGGAGAACGUGCCCAGUCCGCCCCAGAAGCAGGUGCUCAAGGCACGAAAUGUUUAGGCUACUCCCCAACCCACCCUCAUCCACUUCUCUAUCCUUAUAUCCUAUAUACGAGUACUAUUUCUAUUAUAAAUUAUACUUUAGCUAAGAUCUGAUUCAAAAUACAUAAAUUCUACACAAACAAA